AUGGUGGGGGUUUUGUUCAGUGACAAUUCUGACUCAUUCCAAACACCGCCCACCGUUUGGGGGGUGUAUCAGCAACAACCAUUCGUGUUUCAACACCCAUGCAACAUAUUUGUGGUUCAAAUUGGGUUGUUCAAUCAGAACACAGGAUCUGAAGGACUAUACGUUGAAGAUAUCAAAGUGGAGAGUGAUGAGGAGGGUGUACAGAUUGAUCGAACUUGCUUCGAUCCAUUGUCUUGUCUUGAUCCCGAGAUGUCUCCUCCGCCACUUCCAGCCGAUGGAUGUGGAGGGGGGACUGAUGGGGGCAUCUUUCUUGGGGGAGGUCAUGCUUUGAUUGCUACGUUUGGUGAAGUUUUCACUGCCUUUUGUGCAGGGGGCGGCCCACCUCCUGUUUCUACAGAUGCGCCAACUAUGAAACCCUCAAUCAGUCCCUCCACCGUACCCAGUUUAGCUCCUUCAGUUCGCGCAUCUUCAAACCCCUCUUCAAGCACUUCCGAAACCCCCUCUUCAAACCCAUCGGCUGCGUCAGAUGCUCCUUCAGUUCGCCCAUCUUCAAACCCUUCUGCUGCGUCAGAUGCUCCUUCUGUUCGCCCAUCUUCAAACCCCUCCGAAAAGCCCUCUUCAAAUCCAUCUGCUGCGUCAGAUGCCCCAUCUUCAAAUCCGAGUGCUGUCCCAACACCAGGAAGCAUGGAACCCAGCGCUGCGCCCAGUAGCGGUGCAUCAUGUCAAACCAUUGUGACAGUCGGAGCAAUAGCGCCUGUAGACCCGCUCUCAAACGGCCUGACAGUCACGGUACACUUCUCCGAUGCAACCGAUUCUGCAAAAACACUCAACCUGGUUUCUGGGUUCCUCAAAGAUACGCUCACCUUUGAUCAUCCUUGCAAUACACCAAGUGUGACAGUUGUCAAAUUUUUUAACGACAACUCAGGCGGCGGUCAAGUUGUCGAAAUUGAAAAUGUCAAAGUGGAGGAUCAAGCUGGAGUAGUGGAGGUGGACCAGACAUGCUUCGACAGUUCAUUGUUUUGUGGAGAUGGUGCACCUCUUCCAGUGCUCGAUAUAAGUUGUCCCGGGGAACUUGGGGCCGUCGUUGUUCAGCCAGGGGAAACUCUCCAAUAUUUGACUGCAUCUGAUGCCUUCGGCUGCAGUCGUCGAAGGGCUAGACGCCUUCAAUCUAUGUUUCCCGCCGGCAGUUCACAUGCCGAACAGGCUGGCGGUCCCUUGAGACGUGGGCGAUCAAACCGAGAGGCUCCUCGUGAGUUUCUAAAAAGCUCGCGGGAUCUCCAAAAGCAGCUGCGGAGAAAGACGUUUGUUUAG